UCAUGCAUGUUUGACGUGGCAAAGGUUUUCCAAACAAUGUCAAAGUGAAACUUGAAGGAUAAGUUGCGGAAAGGAAACCUCAGAACCCCCGUUUUGGUUCAUAGAUUGUUGCUGAGUACCGAAAAAACAGCCGAGAGAGAGAGAGAGAGAGAGAGAGAGAGAGAGAGAAUGGAACAGAGCAUCCCAUUUCCUAUCUCAAUCUCUGCUUCGCCACUCCGAGAAAACUUUCCAUGUGAGCCAUAUUAACUUUCAACCCACGGCUCUGGUUUUGUGAUCCGAUGGAGAACCCGGGAGUUUUUGAAUCUGAUCCCACGGUGAUGGCGAAGGCUACGGAGUUGAAGAGAGAGCUGCAGAGACUGGUGCGGGCUAUUGUAGAUGACGAGGAUUACAGCGUCGAAACCAUUGAUCGGGCCAAGGAGAAGCUUUGUGCUUUGAAGGAAUUGAAGCUGAGGGGGAAGCGGUCGCCCUCGUUGAAGCUCCUCGAGACGCUGUCCUGUCCCGAGGAGUUUCGGUGCCCCUUGUCCAAGGAGUUGAUGAGAGACCCUGUUAUUGUUGGUACAGGGCAGACAUAUGAUAGAGCUUUCAUUCAGAAAUGGCUAAAAGCAGGCAACCGGACAUGCCCUGUAACCCAACAUGUUCUCUCGCACACCAUUCUUACCCCAAACUACUUGAUUCGAGGAAUGAUAUCUCAAUGGUGCAAGAGCCGGGGUAUUGAAUUGUCGGAUCCUGUUUACCAUGUUAGCGAGGAAGCGGUAACAGAAUCAGAUCGUGAACAUUUUCUUUCUUUGCUGGAGAAGAUGUCUUCAACACUCUCUGAACAAAAACAAGCGGCCAGGGAGCUUCGGCUGUUGACAAAGAGGAUGCCCUCGUUCCGGGCACUAUUUGGCGAGUCUUUCGAUGCCAUUCCCCAAUUGCUCAAUCCACUUUCUGAAAGCAGGUUUCAAAAUGGUAUUCACUCGGAUCUCCUAGAAGAUGUUAUCACAACACUCUUGAAUCUCUCAAUUCAUGACAACAACAAAAAGCUUGUUGCUGAAACCCCAACGGCGAUUUCUCUACUUAUGGAAGCAUUGAGAUCAGGAACCAUUGAGACAAGGACCAACGCUGCAGCAGCCCUUUUCACUUUGUCAGCUCUUGAUUCAAACAAGGUGCUUAUUGGAACAUCUGGUGCCCUGAAACCACUCAUUGACCUAUUAGAAGAAGGACAUCCGAAAGCUAUGAAAGAUGUUGCUUCAGCAAUCUUUACCCUAUGCAUGAUCAGUGAGAACAAGGCAAGAGCUGUGCGGGAUGGUGCAGUGAGAGUGAUUCUGAUGAAGAUCACGGACCGUAUUUUUGUGGAUGAGUUGUUAGCCAUCCUCGCGAUGCUCUCAAGUCAUCAAAAGGCCGUUGAAGAAAUGGGAGAACUUGGAGCUGUUCCUUGCUUGCUUCGCAUAAUUAGAGAGAGUACUUGUGCACGUAACAAGGAAAAUUGCAUUGCAAUCCUCCACAGUAUCUGUUUGAAUGAUCGAACCAAGUGGAAGGAAAUGAGAGAAGAGGAGAACACCCAUGGAACUAUCUCGGAGCUUGCUGAGAAUGGAACUUCAAGAGCCAAGAGGAAGGCUAGCGGCAUUCUUGAGAGGCUGAACAGGAUUGUUAAUAUCGUGCAUACUUCAUGAUGAGCUUUGUUGUGCAUCACUGCAGAACUCAAUGCCCUGUAAAUUCUG